GACGAUUAAUACAGUCGAAAGGUCGAGUCCCCUUGCAAUGUCAAAGAGCUUAUGUUUCUCCUCAUAUCAGGAGUGUCCAAGAAUGAGUGUUAUGAAGCGGUAUGUGCUGCGAUUGUUCAUAUCAUUGAAGUACAUCACAGCAAACGUCGUUGACCGAAAUAAUGGCCGGAUUGUUGUAACAGCAUCUACAAUUGAACAUUCGGUUAAGGGCUCACUCGAGUGUGGCCGCUCUUGCAAUGCAAAAGCAGCAUCAGUUGUUGGAGAAGUGCUCGCGAUGCGACUUAAGGUGGAAGGUCUUGACCAGGGACAGGGACAAGGGAUUCACAUUAAUGUAAAUAAUGAAGUUGAGAAGAAGGGUUUUAAAAACCGUACCAAGGUAUGGGCUAUCGUCAAUGCUCUUAAAAACAAUGGAGUUAAACUCAUUCUUGAUGAUAAUGAAAAUAGUUCUCGGCCAAGUUAAUAAGAAGAAAUCUUGUUUUUACCUUGUUUAUGUUCAAGUACUGAAUCAUUAUAUGUGGUUUCUUAGUGGAUAGCUUUAUACUGAUUUUGAGAGCCAUGAAUUGAUCAGUAUAAUCCAGUUGAAAACUUGUUGCAACCAUAGCUGUAUCAAUUGAUCUUGAAAAGUUCCCUUUCAAAUCACAUAUUUGAACUUC